AGGAAGAAGAACAAGGAACCCUUAACAUUUCAGAUCUGAAACUGAAACUCUUGUCAGGUUGUAUUUGUUGUACUUAGGUUUAUGAAUCUCAUGUCUGUUAAAGCUUCGUUCAUAUUUUUCACUGAAUCUCAAUAUCUUUUAAGGUAAUUCUGCACUUUUUUUGUGUGUGUGUGUGUGUGUGCUGAAUCUGUAUGUUCCACUUCCUUGAGCAAUUUUCGUUGUAGUUGUGACCCACUAAGCUUGAGCUCAGCACCAAGUUAGAUUCUUUCUGAUGUUCAUCUAGUAUCUGUAAUUAGGAAUAGCCAUGUUAUGAAAUUCACGAAUUGUGGGUUUGAGUUGGAUGUUUUCAAGGGUUUGCUUCUAAGGUUAGUUAUGAGAUUUUAUUUUUGAGAUUUUGAUGCGUUAGGCGAAAUUCAGGCCCAGUUGAGAUAUUUGUGGAUUUGUAUUUUGAAAAAAAAUUUGAUCUUUGGAUUUAUGAGAUAUUAAUUGUGGAAGGAGGGAGGAAGUACAAUGGUGGGUGAGAAAUUUUGUGUGAACGAAGAAGACAAGGGUGUGUUUGAAUCUGUGUUGGGUCCAGAAGCUGUUGCUUUCUUUAUUUCUGCUGUUAGUAAUAAUGUAUUUUCCGGCGUGGUUGCUCCUCCACACGGUGCUCACCCGGGUCUUCACCAGCGGUUGUGCCAGCUUGUUGAGGUUUCCAAGUGGAAUUAUGCUGUGUUUUGGCAGGUUGCCGGCUUGAAAUCUGGUGGCUCUGCCUUGAUUUGGGGUGAUGGGCAUUGCGGGGAUGCGAAAGGGGACGGAGCUGGGAAGGAGGAUGAGGAGGAGGCGAGAAAGAAGGUGCUGAAGAAGCUUGAUGCCUGCUUUGCUAUCUCUGUGUCAAAAGAGGCUAAUUAUGCAAGGUUGGGUAGGGUCUCGGAUAUGCAUAUGUUUUACUUAGUCUCAAGGUUUUAUAUAUUUGGUUUUGAUUCGCCAUGUGGCCCUGGCAGUUCUUUCAAGUCUGGUAAAUCAAUUUGGGCUUCUGAUGCUGAUACUUGUUUAAAUCAAUUAGAAUCUAGGUCAUUUCUGGGGAAAUUAGCUGGCCUUCAAACAGUUGUAUUUGUACCUCUAAAAGCCGGGGUUGUGGAGCUUGGUUCAAUGGAAUCAAUGCCUGAAGAGCAGGGUGUUGUGGAGAUGGUUAGGACAACAUUUGGAGAAUCUAGUUCGGGACAGGGAAAGGUGUUUCCCAAGAUUUUUGGGCGUGAACUAAGCCUAGGGGAUACAAAAUCUCAGUCCAUAACUAUUAGUUUCUCCCCAAAGGUGGAAGAUGAUUCUGGUUUCACUUCAGACUCUUAUGAAGUUCAAGCUCUAGGAGCUAACCAUGCUUAUGGAAAUUCUUCCAAUGGGAGUAUAGGUGACAAUAAUGAAGCGAGAUUGUUCCCUCAAUUAAAUCAAAUGAUUGCUGGGAGUUUUAAUGCUCAAGCAAGGGCUUCUUGUCUAGAACUUGGUAAUGAAGACUCAUCCUCAACUCAUCCAGAUGAGCGGAAGCCCAGAAAAAGAGGUAGAAAGCCUGCCAAUGGGAGAGAGGAACCACUGAAUCAUGUUGAAGCAGAGAGACAGAGACGGGAGAAGCUUAACCAAAGGUUUUAUGCCUUAAGAGCUGUUGUUCCUAAUAUAUCUAAGAUGGACAAGGCAUCUCUGCUUGGUGAUGCCAUUACCUUUAUUACUGAUCUCCAGAUGAAGAUCAAGGUACUGGAAACUGAAAAGAACAUGAUUAACAAUAAGGACCAAAAGUUGCCAUUGUCAGAUAUUGAUUUUCAGGAUAGAGAGGAUGAUGCAGUUGUGACAGUAAGAUACCCCUUGGAUAUUCAUCCUGUUUCUGGAGUUGUUAAAACGUUAAGGGAGCAUCAAAUUGUGGCGCAAGAGUCCAGUGUUUCAACAGCAGAGGAUAAGAUAAUUCAUACAUUCUCCAUAAGAACACAGGGUGGGGAGGCUGCUGCUAUGCAGUUGAAAGAAAAGCUUGAAGCAUCCCUAUCCAAAAAUUGACAGUCAGAUUAUAUUUAUGUGGAGCAUCUAAAUGCAAUUGUAAACCAUGUUAAAAAUAUUGUAUGGUUGUCUUGUGGGCUGACACAUGAUUGUGUUUUUAGUGCACUUUAUUAAUUGUAAUCCAAUAUCCAAUUUUAGUUUUAAGCUAUGGAGCUAGUUGGCUCCUUUGAACUGUCAAAAGUAAUGAGUCAUUGAUGACCUGAAUUAUGUACUUAAAUAGAUAAAUAGUUUGAU